GCGCGCGGAGGAGGCGAGCCUCGCUGUUCCUCCCGGAGCCCAACACCGUUCCGCGCGGUCACGAUGAUCCCUCCGAGCGGCGCCCGCGAGGACGGGGUGGACGGGCUGCCCAAGGAGGCGGCGCGCGCCGAGCAGCCGCCCUCGCCUGCAUCCACCAGCAGCCAGGAAUCCAAGCUCCAGAAACUAAAACGAUCACUUUCUUUCAAGACCAAGAGUUUACGGAGCAAAAGUGCCGACAACUUCUUCCAGAGAACCAACAGUGACGUGAAGCUGCCCGCAGACGCGCGGGGUGAGGUCAGCCCCAGCUCCAGCCCACUGCCUGCUCCGGGAAGCCUGACAUCCACGCCCACCAGGGCUGGUCUGCACCCAGGCAGCGGCAAGGCCCAUGCCUUUCAGGAACACAUCUUCAAGAAGCCCACUUUCUGCGACGUCUGCAACCACAUGAUUGUGGGAACCAACGCUAAGCACGGACUGCGCUGCAAGGCCUGUAAGAUGAGCAUCCACCACAAGUGUAUGGACGGCCUAGCGCCCCAGCGGUGCGUGGGCAAGCUGCCGAAGGGGUUCCGGCGUUACUACAGCUCCCCCUUGCUCAUUCACGAACAGUUCGGAUGCAUUAAGGAAGUUAUGCCCAUUGCCUGUGGCAAUAAGGUGGACCCUGUCUACGAGACCCUCCGCUUCGGCACCUCCCUGGCCCAAAGAACAAAGAAGGGCAGCUCUGGCAGUGGCUCUGAUUCGCCUCACAGAACCUCUACAUCAGACCUUGUGGAGGUUCCAGAAGAAGCUGACGGGCCAGGAGGUGGAUGCGACCCAAGGAAACGCAGCAACAGUGUGUUUACGUAUCCAGAAAAUGGCACUGACGAUUUCAGAGACCAAGCAAAGAACAUAAACCACCAGGAACCUCUUUCCAAAGACACAUUACAGAUGAACACCUACGUUGCCUUGUACAAAUUCGUACCACAGGAGAACGAAGAUUUGGAAAUGAGACCAGGAGACAUGAUUACUCUUCUAGAGGAUUCCAAUGAAGACUGGUGGAAAGGGAAAAUUCAAGACAGAAUUGGCUUCUUUCCAGCCAACUUUGUCCAGAGAGUACAACAAGAUGAGAAGAUUUUUAGAUGUGUUAGAACCUUCAUUGGAUGUAAGGAACAGGGACAGAUAACACUGAAAGAGAACCAGAUCUGUGUGACCUCUGAAGAAGAACAAGAUGGCUUUAUCAGAGUUCUCAGUGGAAAGAAGAGAGGCCUGGUGCCCCUCGAUGCCCUAGAGAACAUCUGAUUGCUGGCCCCUUCUCCUUGUGCAGUAGGCAAGCUCUGCCGGUGAUGCUGUCUGCUUCAUCUCACACCGUGUCAAUCCCGAGGAGUUGUCGCACUGACCCUGCCACCCAGGAAACAGUGAGACAAGACUGGAGGAACUGAGAGACUGUGGAGUAACAGCAACAAAACAGAGGGGCCAUCGGACAGCACCUCCAGGGUAUGGACAAGGCUGAGGGAAGUCUGCCAGCAGAGCUGAGUUCCACAGCUGACAUUAGCAGCAGGGCUAUUACCCACUACUGUCCCCCAGGACUCGCCUCCCUCUCUGUCCGCGUGGCGUAAGCUAACCUGCUGGAGUGUGCCCCAGUGUGCAUUGUAGCCCCAACGAGAGGCUCAGAUACAUGCAGCCAAGUGCGAUUCUGGUUCCCAGUACAAGUCAGUCAGCAUCAUUACAUUUCAGACCCCAAGCAGUCUCUCUGAAGAGCAUUUCCAAGGCCUACUUUCCAGCCCCCGAAAUUCCACAGUACCCCAGGGCCCCCUCACUUUGCAACUCUUCUGUCUUCCAAGUAAUCUUGGUAGUGUGCAUUGGAUGGGAGCUCCAAGUUGACAUGGCAUGAACUGGGAUGAUCUUAUCUUCCCAAGAUUGUUGGCAGCAGACCUGCCUGCUGCUGUAGUUACCAACAGAAGAGACAGAGUAGGAUGCCAGGCAGCGUGGAGGUAACCCAUCAUUCAUAGGUAUAAGGGGUGAAGGGAGCAGGUGGGAAUAAGAUAGCAAAGAGCCCUUAUUUAUUGAAUCUUAUAAGAUCCUUUCAGGUGUGUUCUCUCAGUCAACACACAAAGGCCACGGAGUCCAUGCCCAAAGGAGAGGGAGCUGGGAAGAUAAUGUGGCAAAAGUCUCACUGAUGAGCUCCAUUUUCAUUCUACAACCUCUGUGUUUGGGGCAGCAUUUUUCCUUCAUGCCAUCCUGCAGGACUCCCUGCUAGAGGCUGAGCCCAUCUUGCAAGUAGCCAGGAACACAGAGAAGAACCAACAACAGCAUCUUAGAAGAAAUGUAGCCAAAUUGGAUUCCAUUCUUCUUUAAGGCAGUAUAUUAUACCCUAGGGCAGUAUAUUACACCCUAAAAAAACCCUAGCAAAUGGAAAAGAAUCCUUAAUGCUUCAAGCAGAGGGACUCGGGGCCUGUUUAGCAUCAACUAGUUUAGGGGAAUCCCUAUUACUCUGUACUUGUACUAAUGUUUACAAGAAUACAAUAUACUGUGAUGCCUUUCUCCUGGAGCCUCCUCCUAGCAUUCUAACUUGCAUCCUAUUAGUCAUUAAUAAGGCUAAAUUUCAGUUCUCAAUGACCUUGGAAUCAGUGUCGGUUUGGUUUAUCUUGUUACAGAGCAAUAAAAUCAUUAGCGCAAUUGGUUUUCAAAAGGACCUAAAUGGAUGCAUCCUGUGCAAGCAAGCAUUAUUUUCCAAACCAAAGCAUCGUGAGUUUCCAUUUACUUCUUUUGUUAAUGCUCAGCAUAUAGGCGGGAACUGAGACAGGAUGGCGGCUGCCUGUUUCCUAGUAGUUUGGAUGCCUUACCCUCAUUUUAAAGCCAGCAAACAGAAGAUCCUCCCUCUAUGUGAUACGACAUGCAAAACCAAGUGUACUGAGUCCAGAUGGACUCUGUGAGAGCCCAUGGGGAUGAUAUGACUGCCUUUCUGUAAAAGUGAAUGCUGGAGUGCAAAUGCUCUUUGCCUCAAAUUCAGUAUUCCAUUUAAUAAAGACAACACAGUGGCUGGAA